AUACCUCUAAGUGGAAAAAUUGGUCUUCCUAGCUUUGUCCGCGUGUUGAAGCAGAGUGAAGUUUGUAUUCUCUGUCUAUGUACUAUCAUUAUCACUCCACACCCCUUAUAGCGUGCGUAUACGGCACAUAUGCCUGUCUCAUUGCACAAAUUGAAGACUUCUUCCCUAACAAUUUCUCUGAUUGAAAGAUUCCCGCCUUCUUCCUGUGCAUAGAGGGAUAAAGACAUGUUGAUUUUCACUGGCAAAUCAACACCCAGCUUUUGUUUCUCUCCGGCCAACGAAAACUUGAGAGCGAACCCUGUCAAAUCUCAGCAUAGAUAUGCAUUUUGUAAACCAUCUUUAAGAACUAUCACCUCUGUGUCUCCAAAUACCGUCAAUUAUUGUACCACCAGUUUCGUCUCCGCCUCACCUUCCGUGACCGUCGAGGCCAAUGUUGCUGAUUAUAAUGCUCAAAUCUGUGAAUUAUCUGAACUGGGUAAUCUUAGAAAGGCUAUGGAAUUGCUUCACUUGUCGCAAAAGUCCGAACUUGAUACGAGAACUUACUGUUCAAUCUUGGAGCUCUGCGCUGAGCGUAAGUCUCUGCAAAAUGGAAUAAAAGUUCAUUCAAUUAUUCGUUCUAAUGAGGUUGAAGUUGACAGUGUUUUGGGCUCAAAACUUGUGUUCAUGUACGUAACUUGCGGGGAUACGAGAGCAGGGAGAAGGGUUUUCGAUGACAUUUCGAGUGAGAGGGUUUUUCUAUGGAAUCUUUUGAUAAUGGGGUAUGUGAAGACUGGUGAUUAUGGAGAAAGCGUUUCCUUGUUUAAGCAAAUGCUAGAGCGGGGGAUUGAAGUGAAUUCCCAUACUUUUUCAUCUGUUUUUAAGUGUUUGGCGGCUAUAAGAGACGCAGAAGGAGGGGAGCAGGUUCAUGGGUACCUGUUGAGACUGGGUUUUGGUUCUUGGAAUGCGGUUGCUAAUUCUCUCAUUGCUUUCUACUUCAAGAUUAGAAGAGUUGAAAAUGCAUGCAAAGUGUUUGAUAAAUUGACUGAUAGAGAUGUCAUAUCCUGGAAUUCUAUGAUAAGAGGGUAUGUGACAAACGGUCUUGCCGAGAAGGGGCUGGAGGUCUUCAGGGAGAUGGUAUGCUUGGGAAUUGAUACCGAUUUGGCUACUAUGGUUAAUGUCCUUGUGGCUUGUGCAGAUUGUGGUGCUCUUUCAUCGGGGAAAUCUAUCCAUGCCUUCGCACUAAAAACUAGUUCAGGCAAGAAAAUGAUGUUGAAUAAUGCUUUGCUGGACAUGUAUUCUAAAUGUGGUGAUUUGGAUAGUUCGAUUCGAGUUUUUGAGAAAAUGGGGGAAAAGAGUGUUGUGUCAUGGACAUCAAUGAUAGCAGGUUAUGCUCGAGGAGGAGUAUCUGAUGGGGCUAUAAAUUUGUUCCAUCGAAUGGCAGAAGGUGGCGUUAGACCAGAUGCUGUUACCCUCACAACCAUAGUCCAUGCUUGUGCAUGUAGUGGGUCAUUGGAAAAUGGCAAGUACAUCCAUGAUUAUAUCAAGGAAAACAAUUUCCAGUCAAGUAUAUUUGUUUCCAAUGCUUUCAUGGACAUGUAUGCAAAAUGUGGAAGCAUGGAAGAUGCUAAGUCACUGUUUCUAGAGAUGCCAAUGAAGGACAUUGUCUCGUGGAAUACAAUGAUUGGAGGUUAUUCAAAAAACUGCCUGCCAAAUGAAGCCCUUAAUCUGUUUAUUGCAAUGCUACAAGAAUCUAGGCCUGACGGUAGAACAAUGUCCUGUAUUCUCCCGGCUUGUGCCAGCAUAGCUGCUCUGGAGAGAGGCCGAGAGAUCCACUGUUACAUAUUGAGAAAUGGAUUAGAUUCAGACCAACAUGUUGCCAAUGCACUUGUUGAUAUGUAUGCAAAGUGUGGAGCACUGGUUCUGGCAAGGUCACUCUUUGAUGUGAUUCCUACAAAGGAUUUGAUCUCGUGGACAGUGAUGAUUGCUGGGUAUGGCAUGCAUGGUUGGGGGAAAGAAGCUAUUUGUGCUUUUAAUGACAUGAGAUCUGCAGGUAUUGAGCCCGAUGAGGUUUCUUUCAUUUCCAUUCUGUAUGCUUGUAGUCAUUCCGGAUUACUUGAUGAAGGAUGGAGAUUCUUUAAUCUAAUGAGAAAUGAAUUUAAAAUAACACCAAUGUUGGAGCAUUAUGCUUGCAUGGUGGAUCUUCUUGCUCGCACUGGGAAGCUAUCAAAGGCCUAUGAAUUCAUAAAAACCAUGUCCAUUGAGCCUGAUGCCACCAUCUGGGGAGCCUUGUUAUGUGGGUGCAGGAUCCAUCAUGAUAUUAAAUUAGCAGAGAAAGUUGCAGAACGGGUUUUUGAACUUGAACCAGAGAACACGGGGUACUAUGUACUUCUAGCAAACAUUUAUGCGGAGGCAGAAAAAUGGGAAGACGUUAAAAAACUGAGGCAGAAGAUUGGCCAGAAGGCAUUGAAAAAGAACCCAGGCUGUAGCUGGAUAGAAAUUAAGGGAAAAGUGAAUAUAUUUUUUGCUGGGGAUAGUUCACACCCUCAAGCCAAAAGGAUAGAGUCUCUAUUGAAGAGGUUGAGAAUGAAGAUGAAGGAGGAAGGUUGCCUUCCUCAAUUGAGGUAUGCCUUGAUUGAUGCAGAUGAAAUGGAGAAGGAAGUGGUUCUAUGCGGGCAUAGUGAGAAGUUGGCAAUGGCUUUUGGGUUAUUGAGCUUACCUCCUGGUAAACCCAUACGAGUCACCAAGAAUCUUAGAGUAUGUGGUGACUGUCAUGAGAUGGCCAGGUUCAUUUCACGGACUCGUCAGAGGGAGAUUGUCUUGAGAGAUUCUAACCGUUUUCAUCAUUUCGAGGAUGGAGUUUGUUCUUGCAGAGGUUUUUGGUGAAUCAAGACUAUCACAAGGCUGGGAGUUUGAACUUGUCCGGGUGAUUGUUUGCCUAGAUAAAUAUUUUCCAGGUGAGGAUUUUAGUUGGAAUCUGUUUGUACAUUGAAUGCAUUAGACAUAAAGUUCCACCUUUCACGUUGCAAAUAAUUCUCUCUGAUAACUCAUUUACAACCCAUAAAAGUUAAUUUAGUGAAUUUCUGGCUAGAAUUUGAUUAUUGGAAAACACUUUUUCCUUAAAUAAGUGUUCCUUUCCUGGUUCUUUAUCCAUAUAAGUGAGAGAUUAUUAUCUCAUUGAAAAGAUGUUCAGUUUGAGCAGUUUGUCUACAAUUUAUGUAUAAUUCAUUUCUCCUAUGUAUUUUGGUAUCUUAGGGACACUGAUUGAACAUCAAUGUUGAGCCCAUUU